AUGGCUAUCGCAUACCCAAUUCCAAAGUGGGACCGACCCGCACCCACGACUCAUGAGCUUAACUGGGCUGAACUCACAGAACUUCCCCUUGAUCUAUUCAACACACCAGAAGGCAAAGUUGAAUUAGUCAGAAGGGUUAAGCAUGCGCUAGAAGUAGAAGACAUGGGUUUCUGGUCGGUUACGAAUACUGGUUUCUCGGAAGAAGAAAUCGAACAUCAAUUUGCUUUGGGACAAGCAUUUUACAACUUGCCUUUGGAAGAAAGAAAGUCAAAUAGUAUUGACGCAAAGAAUGGUGGUUAUCUAGGUUAUCGUGCAGCAUACGAGAGGACCAUUAACGGCACUGAUGUAUUGGAUAAUAUGGAACUUCUCAACAUACCUAAAUAUACAAAAGAUUUCGCCAACACCUCUCGACACGAGAUUAUCAAAGCGCACGAGGCUGAAAUAUCGGAUUUCCACCGACGAUGCUGGUAUGAUGUUGCCAGGAAAUUAUUCGUCCUUUUCGCUCUCGCAUUGGAACUACCUGAAAGCUACUUUGUUGAUAGACACAAAUAUGAGGAAACAAGUCAAGAUCAUCUUCGUUAUAUGAUGUACCAUCCUCGAUCAGAAGAAGAAGAUGCAAAGUGUAACAAUCUCUGGUCAUGGGCUCAUACAGAUUAUGGAUCUUUAACCCUCUUGUUUUCCCAAACUGUGUCGGGCUUACAGGUCAAGUUUGCCGACGGUACAUACAGAGAUAUCAAGCCAAAGAAGGGUUCGAUAGUUGUGAAUGUUGCCGAUACAUUGAGCUUUAUGACGAAAGGUUACUUGAGGAGUACCAUUCAUCGUGUGACUAGACCGCCUGCUGAUCAAGCACAUAUCCACCGAAUCGGUGUACUAUACGGAUGUCGACCUAACGACGAUGUCCCGGUGGUUGUAGCACCCUCUCCUCUUCUUGAGAGACUUGGCCACCUGACGGCGGAAGACAAAGCAAUGGAUGAGAAGACAGCUGUAACAGCCGGCGAAUACGUUGCUGCUCGAGUCAAAGCAGUUCAUGGAGCUGCUACUUAUGGUAACGCUCCUGGAACAAAGUUCAAGCAUGGAAAUCUCGAAGUAUUAGAGAAUUUUGGCGAUGUCAAGGCCAAUGAGGCUACAUCCAUUUGA